CGCGCUCCGCCCCCCUCGGCCAGCACUCCGCCGCCGCCGCCGUCGAGUGCCCAUCGCCCCACCGUACGUCUCGCCUCCCCCGGUGCCCAUCCCCGCGGUCCUGUAUCCACAUCCCGGCGUCGCGAUGUUACCCGGUCGGACCGUACGGAAAGCGACGCCCCCCGCCGCUCCAGCAGAGCGGGAGGUGGUGGCGGAGUGCGCCCUGCAGCUGCGCAGGAUCGGCGACAAGUGGGACCUGCGGCAGAAGAUCCUGAACCUCCUGACAAAGCUCUUCUGCCCGGAGACGUGAGCCCCCCCCCUCCGACACGGUGAAAGCAGGGGAAGACCUUGGUUUUGUGGAUUUGGAACGAGAGACUUCACUGACACUGGGUGAUGAUGAAAGCUCUUUGCGUUGCGCUUUGCUGCCUGCAGCCACGGAAGGAUGGCUGUCACCACAUGAUUUCUUUGAAGAGUGUUACGGCAAUGUUGGCGUGUGAAUGCCAAGUGGAAAAAAAAAAGAUAGUGGAUCCCCCUCACUAUGGGAUGGGGAGACUUGGGGCAAGACAGAACUUGCCCGUCAGCCUGGUCUGAGAAGACUUCCGGGAACCCGGUUUCUCCUGUUGCCCUCUGGUCCUCCCAAGCCACAGCGACGUGUCACCGAGGAGCUCAGACCACCUGCGGGAAGAAACCGAAAAUAGCAUCACUGUCUUGGAACUUGGGAAGGUGUAUCUCAAGGCCAGGUGCUCGGUUUCUGACUGCUCUCGUUUUCUAAAGCAUGGAUUCUGCUGGACAGGGACCCGGUGGUGGGAUUAUUUCCUUUGUUAAGUUAACCGCUGUCUUUAUUUAAAGGUUAUUUGUUACAGGAUGUUGCUUUGUAGACUAAAAAUUACAGUUCUAUGAAUUAACAUGAUGUUGCAUAGUUCUAGUUAAUAUUGUAUAUAUGUAUAUAUUUGUACAUAUAUAUAAUAUUUAUAAAAAAUACAAAUAUGUGCACCCCCUGUGUAUGAAAUGAGUAUUUCGUCAGCUAUUAAUUGAAUGGUACUUGUUAGGCUCAAAGGAAAGUAUGAAAAAAUGUUCAAAACAUGAUAUAAAAGUUGACGUAAAAGUAUAUUAAAUAGAAAAAAGCAUAAUGUUUUCUAAUCAUAAAGGAAAUACAUCAUGCAUCAGAGAGGGGAGCAUACUUUAGUAUAACAUUAUAUAAGACAUAUAUAUGACUAUAUAUUACACAGAUACAGAUAUUGAGGUAUGUGUGGUGGAAGGGUUCUUUCAAUAUUACAAAGAAUUUCUUAAAAACAGGACAAUACUGCUGUGUCUUUAUAAGUAACAAAAUAACUCUUCAACAGAAGUAGAUUUUAAAGUUCAAUCUAAGUUGAAUCUCAAGUUUUAUUGAGAAUGUUAUUUAUUCAAAGAAAGCAACUACCUCUCUUUGAAGAAAUAAUAUCAAUAAAAUUGAAUGUUACAGUCAGUACAGGAAAGUAGCCUAGGAUUUCUGAAUGUUUAAUGAGGCUUACAAGUGAAGGUUCUUCCCUUGUACUUUAUUUCCCUUUCAUUUCAUGGCAACCUCAUUUCAGUCCUGGAAUGAUGAAGCCAUGUAGCACAUCCAGUGGAUGGGGAUGAAUUACACUUAUCUCACUGAGGGGUUAUUACCUUCGGCCAGCUUUGGAGGAGCUGAAUUAAGCGUGCUGAUGGCUGUCAAGUCUAACAGUAACUCUGCUAGUCAAUUCCUGUCAGACACGACCCUAAACAGUGUUUUUUCAUGGGUGUGAGCUAGAAAGAAAAUGGCUGAAGCUAAUCAUGUCUUGUAGCUACCUCUUAGGUCAAUGGUCAGAGUUCCUACUCUUAACUAACCUGGUUUGUAAGUACAUUUGCAUUGUAUAAGGCUGUAUAGUUGCACGUUCUGAAUUCUGGCUCUGUUCAAAUUACUUUUUUUCCUGCCUUGAAGUGAAUUCUUCUUUGCACUUAUAUUUAAUUUUUCAGUUAUCUUUUCUGAAGCUGCCUUUGCAAAGUUGUCAUUACAUAGCCCUGGUCAUGCUGUUGCAACCAGCUGUGUAUGGCUGUUACUUGUUGUCACUGCUUUCACUAAGCAGGGGCUGAGUGACUUUUCCCACUUUCCGCACGGAGGACUGAGCCCCGUCCCACUGGUGUUACUGGGAGCUUUGCCGUCGGCUCGAACCAUAUGGACGGUUCCCUCCUCCUCUAGGCCAGCUAAUAGCUUUUCAGUGAGAAAGUUUCAAGAAUAGUUAUUAUUUUUCUUAGUACUGCCAAGUAACAUGUUUUGCUGACAUGUACAGAGGUCAGUUCUUCAGGUAUUAAAAAGUCAAGGCAAAGAGUUUCUGUUGGGCUACACACCAGCUCCCAGGCUAACUCCACGUCUAACUCUGCAAAGCUGUUUGUCAAAGACAGCCCUAACUUCUGCUGUAUGUCCUGGGCUUGGUGGAGUCCUCAUCAAGGAUACUAAACAAUGAUCAUGCCUGUCGGGAACUCUUGGGAAAAUUUGGCAUUAGUAUUCGCAUUACUUGCUGAAAUGUAUUUGAAUAAAAGUGUUCUGCUCCGUGUACGCUGCGUUGGAAUUCAGUAGGAGAAAAGGUGCGGGCUUCACAGAGUCUGCCCAGUUCUUCUGGCUGCAGCACAAAUGACUGUUAUGAAAAAAGCAUUCACUAAAAUGCAUUGUCAUGGGGAUAUCUGAGUUAAGUAUUAACACAGUAUUUUUCUGUCUAGACUAUUUGCUUUUUGUGAAACGUUUGUGUGUUUCUCUGAGCGUUGUCAACAGUGCUAGCUGUUCACCAGGAGCUCAGGGAAAAAAGACCUAGAUCCAAGUGGUCGGUGCCAGUAUAUGAGCAAGCGCUUGGUGAUGUUCUCCCUAAGAUUCCUUUUGUUACUUCUGCAAAAGAUCUGAUGUAUGACUGUAUCAACACAAGUUUGUUUUUCUUAAGACCUAUUCUGGAUACAGGCCAGAUGGUUCGCUGUAUAAGCCAUGCAUGUAUGUCUUGACUUAUUGCUAAGAUAAUAAAAGCAAAGCGUUCGCAAAAAAAA